AUGUCCCUCUACUUUGAUGCGGUCGCUAUUCUGACCGCGCCCUCUUCGGGUGGCUCGUUCAAGUCGAGAAUCUACAGUGCCCGUAAUCUGCGCGCAACUCCGGCGCAGAUCUAUGCGCUGACCACCGAGGCCGCAAAAUGGGACACCGUACUGGCCGAGGUUAUCGAUAAAGCAGGCAUUCUGGCCCUCGAACGCAAACUUUCUCCUCUUCUCGCUCUUCUCCUCGUCCAUGACCACCUGCUCGCGAAAAAAGGCAUUGCUGCCCCCGCGGCGCACCCGCUCCGUCAGGCUAUUGAGCGUCACAAGGUUCGACUCAAGGCCGAGUUUACUAAGGCCCGUGUUCGUCGUGGAUGCGCCUCGGUGCAACAAUUGAAGGCGGCGGUGAUCCGUGAGAAGCGCGAAGCAGAUGGCACCAGCCACUUUGUUUACCCGCGCUGGGUGCGCAUCAACAACAUUCGGACUACCUUGGACGAGCAGCUGAGCACUACGUUCAAGUCGUAUCGACGGGUAGACAGCCUGGCCGCAUUGGCUUCGGAAGACGAGCUGGAAAGCCGCAAGCCGGAGCCUAGGUUGUAUCUCGAUCCGAAUAUCCCGGAUUUGGUGGCUGUGCCCUUUGGUGCGGAUUUUACUGCAUCGGCGGCAUACAAAAAUGGAGAGAUCAUCCUGCAAGACAAAGCGUCGUGCUUUCCAGCAUACCUGUUGUUGGGUGACCGUGGGCCGCAAGACCCAUGGCAGGGUGAUUUGGUUGAUGGAUGUGCUGCACCAGGCAACAAGACCACCCACAUGGCUUCAUUGCUAGCGAAGCAAAAGAGCAAGAAAAACAAACAAAGAAUCUUUUCGAUGGACGCAUCGGCCAUGCGUUCCAAAACCCUGCAAAAGAUGGUUGGCCUGGCCGGGGCUGACUCGAUGGUCAAUGUACUCCCGGGUCAGGACUUCCUAGCUCUUGACCCGGAAGAUCCUCAAUUCGAGAAGGUGACCGGAUUACUGCUUGAUCCUAGUUGCUCUGGUAGCGGCAUCAUUGGUCGUGACGAUGUUCCUCAACUCACACUGCCUGCUGCUCCACCAUCCUAUGCCCCCAAGUCACAGGGCCAGAAGCGCAAGCGCCAGGCAGAAGACCAGGAAGCGGAUGGCGAACAGUCCAAAGCUAUCCCUGGAGCCCCGCAGGUCUCACCGACGGACGAAAACGAUAUUCCUGAUGGAACAAUCGAUCCGCAGCGGCUCACCAAGCUAUCAAGCAUUCAAGCUCGUAUUGUUGAACACGCUCUGAGCUUCCCAAAUGCGACACAUGUCACUUACAGUACUUGUUCCAUCCACCUAAUUGAGAACGAAGGUGUUGUGGCCCGUAUUCUGGCGUCAGAGGUUGCACAGGAGCGUGGCUGGCGUCUCCUGCGCCGAGAUGAGCAGCCAGAGGGCAUGCGCCGGUGGAACAAGCGAGGUGUUCGCGAGGAGAAGCCCAAGGAUGGGGAAACCGGACCAUCAGGUACAGUUGAUCUUCCUGAUGAGGCACUAGAGGCCUGUAUCCGCUCUUGGCAAGGUGAUGCCGAGGGAUUGGGAGGUUUUUUCGUUGCUGGAUUCAUCCGUGACCCCGAUCAUGCUGUGGCAGCCCCAGCUACUCGCAAGGAAGAGUCUCGGAAGAAGAAAAAACAGAAGCAGGAGCCGAAGCAGGAACAGGAAUCCGUUGACAAAGAUGAAGAUGAAGACGAAGACGAAGAAUGGGGUGGAUUCUCAGAUUAG